AUGCAAAAUAGUUCAACACAUACUAUUUUUGUACCUGCAAGACUUUCUGAAUAAUUAAAAUUAACCAAUUAGAAUUUAGAUCAUAUAUAAGAAUAAAAUCUCCUUUUAUUUCAACAAUUUUAAACUCUAGAAAAUCCUAACUUAAAACAACAUGCUAUUUUAACACUUAUGGAUUGUUUACUAUUUUAUAAAUCAUCAUAACCAGUAUUUAAUAAAAUGUUUAUCUCACUUAUUACUCUUAUGAAUCAAAUUCUAGAUCCACAAUUAAGUUUCCCAGAUAUCAAAUAAUGGACAUUUUUAGUUAUUUCUACAACUUCAGUCAUUCAAAAACUUAUUAAUAACUAUCUCUUAAUUGGUUAAAAGAGAGAUUAACACAUUUAAGAAUUGAGACUUAAAAUUAAUUCAACGAAGUAUGAUCUCUAAAAGUAUUGUUUAUAACUUUAGAGUGAAAAAUUAGAGAAAUGGUAAUUAUAUGAAACCAAUUCUUUUAUUCUCAAACAUUUUGAUACAAAAAAGAUUGAUCCCAAUUAUUUGAAGACAUCUAUAACUAAAUUAGAAGAGGAAGAAAAUAAAAUUAAUUUAGAGAUUUAGAAACUCGAUGAUGCUUAAUAAUUUUUAAAAAUUGAUUUUCUUUAAUAUCAAAGAUUAUUACUAAGAAGUUUAAAUGAAAUUUAUAAAAUAAUAUAGAGAUUAAAUUCUGAAUUAUAAGAUGAUAGACUAUAUGAAUUUAUUUAAGAUUAGAAAAUUGAUUUUUGGAGAAAUUAUGCUUCAGAAUAUAGGGAUUUAGUGAAAGAUUGUAAGAGUACCUAUUAUUCAAUGCUUGGAACAAUUGAAAGAUUAUAUAUGAGUUUACAAAACAAUGAAGAGCAUAUGAAAUUUUGGAUUGAAGUUUUGAAAUCUCUGAAGGGAUAAAAAUAAUUACUAAAUGAAAUCAAAAGCAUUAUGUUAUAUACAUUAUAACAGUUUCCAUAAGAAAGUGCUGCUGUUUUAAAUGAAUUAGACAGAGCAAUAUUGUAUUAAGUCAAUAAACUUGUAUAAUGA